AGAACUUCAUUCCCCAUGUUGAAACUCGUCGAUGGAGGUGGCGGGCAGGACUGGGCAUGCUCAGUGGCGGGGACAAGUCUGCGAAGCAAGGAGGCUGCACUUGAAGUCGCAGGGCAGGGGUCAGGAGGCGAGCCGCAGGGUCCCUGUCUAGGGCUGCGCGAGGUCACCGAUUCGGCGCCCUGGGCCGGCACGUUCUAGACCUGCGCGGCCCGGCGGGCGGGCGGGCGGGCGCGCAGUGGGCAGGGCGCGGAGGAAAUGGGGGAGUCGCUGGGAGGAGGGGAGGAGCGCCUGGCUCACUGCCCCCCGGCGCCGGCUUUGCGGCUGCCGAAUCGGAAGGCGCAGGGAGGAUCUGAAGAAAUAAAGACGCCCGAGAAUGACCUCCAGGGAGGCCUCCUGAGCCGAGGCCCGCUCGCUGCCCGGUCAGUCCCGGGUAUGGGGGACCGCGGAGCGCAGCCGGAGCGCCAGGGCUCACACUCCCCGGGGGACUCCGUGUACACCGGCGCCGCUGCGGUGAACGGACUGCUGCACAACGGCUUCCACCCGCCGCCCGCUUGCAGCCGAAGCCCCGCGGGCUGCGGCGACGCGGCGCCCCCACGCCUCCCGCUGCUGGCGGAGCUCCAGCCGCAGCCGCAGCUCCCUCAGCGUGACUCUCCAGCCAAGAAAUGCCGGCUGCGGAGGAGGAUGGACUCGGGGAGGAAGAACAGGCCGCCAUUCCCGUGGUUCGGCAUGGAUAUCGGUGGAACCCUGGUUAAGUUGGUCUAUUUUGAACCAAAGGAUAUUACAGCUGAAGAGGAACAAGAGGAAGUGGAGAACCUGAAGAGCAUCCGGAAAUAUUUGACUUCUAACACAGCCUAUGGGAAAUCCGGGAUCCGAGAUGUCCACCUGGAAUUGAAAAACCUGACUAUGUGUGGGCGCAAAGGGAACCUGCACUUCAUCCGCUUUCCCAGCUGUGCCAUGCACACGUUCAUUCAAAUGGGCAGCGAGAAGAACUUCUCCAGCCUCCACACCACCCUCUGUGCCACGGGAGGCGGGGCUUUCAAGUUUGAAGAGGACUUCAGAAUGAUUGCUGACCUGCAGCUCCAUAAACUGGAUGAACUGGACUGUCUGAUUCAGGGUCUACUUUAUGUUGACUCUGUUGGCUUCAAUGGCAAACCAGAAUGCUACUAUUUUGAAAAUCCCACAAAUCCCGAGUUGUGUCAGAAAAAGCCAUACUGCCUUGAUAACCCAUACCCUAUGUUGCUGGUUAACAUGGGAUCAGGUGUCAGCAUUUUAGCAGUGUACUCCAAGGACAACUAUAAAAGAGUUACAGGGACCAGUCUUGGAGGUGGAACAUUCCUAGGCCUAUGUUGCUUGCUGACUGGUUGUGAGACCUUUGAAGAAGCUCUGGAAAUGGCAGCUAAAGGCGACAGCACCAAUGUCGAUAAGCUGGUGAAGGACAUUUACGGAGGAGACUAUGAACGAUUUGGCCUUCAAGGAUCUGCUGUAGCAUCAAGCUUUGGCAACAUGAUGAGUAAAGAAAAACGAGAGUCGAUCAGCAAGGAAGACCUUGCCCGGGCCACACUGGUCACCAUCACUAACAACAUCGGCUCCAUUGCUCGGAUGUGUGCGCUGAAUGAGAAUAUUGACAGAGUUGUGUUUGUUGGGAAUUUCCUUAGAAUUAAUAUGGUCUCCAUGAAGCUGCUAGCAUAUGCCAUGGAUUUUUGGUCCAAAGGACAACUGAAAGCUCUGUUUUUAGAACAUGAGGGCUACUUUGGAGCUGUUGGGGCACUGUUGGAACUGUUCAAGAUGACCGAUGACCGCCGAGAUGAGCAGUAGCCCGAGCAGCCUCAGGCGAGUGCGGAGCGCUGACAGCUGCUGCUGGAGAAGGCAGAAGUUGCUGUGGAGUGGAAGCCAAGCCAUUAUGGCAGACGGAACCUGCUGGAUUUGUAAAUAACUGAAAAUCCUUCUAGCUGAUCUUUUAUUCUUAGGUUUUGAGUAUAUGAUUCAAAAUGGGGAAUAUAAGAGGUUUUUCUGUAUACUGUAUUUUUAAAAAAAAAAAUUUUUGUGCAGCGUGGCCAAACCUACCAAUUUUAUUAUGUAUUAACUUUGAAAACUUGUUUAAUGCCUAAGAAGGACCUGAAAUGUAAGUGCUGUUCAUUUUUCUUCUGGGGUUUACUGAUCAGUGUGAUAAUUUUAACUUUAUUUAGUAAUUACUCUAGGAGAUUUUACUUUAAUUAUAUUUUUCAUGACGUUUCAUGAUUCACUGUUGGUUUCCAAUGAAACUACAAAUCUGGCAUGUUUUACUGUGAGCACUGUUGUUGUUUGUUUGUUUAUCCUUUCUUUUCCGUAUGAAUGUCUUAGGGGAUGAAAAGAACCGUCCUCCUGUCGAUUUCCUCAAGUGCAUUCCCUCUGCCUUUCCCAUAGCUUCACUUUAAUGUAAUUAUCCAUAUCAAUCAAGGUGCUGACCAACUCCUUACAAAAUUAAAAAUACAACUUAAAGCUCUCGAGAAUGCCCAUGAAGAGAAGACUCAAAAAUAUUAAUAAAUUUAAUGAGUUUGGCAAAAAAUUAAAACUACCUGCCAUUUUAUUUUAUCCUUUUUUAUAAAUAUAGUGUUUCAUUGGAUUUAUUUUGUGCUACAUUAUGUUAAAUUGGAAUAUUCUGUGAUAAAAUAUCCUUGUGUAUACAUAUAAAUGACAACAAAUCAUUGUGCAAGAAGUUUGGAAAUUAUUGGGAGAAAUUUCCCAGUAGUUCAAUUACUUGUCAGAUGUAGGAGAAAUCAUGAUUUUAAAUAACAACUAGUUAUACCCAUCGGUUUUGUAUAUGUGUGUACCUAGGAGCUUUGUAACAACACAUCUUAAUAAUGAUAAUGUCCUCUUCAUUUUUAAUAUUUUAAACUGAAAACUGGACUUCAAUGCCAGUUGCUAAAAUUAAAAAUUAAUUUAUGAUACUAAUCUCCCUAUAUAUAAUUUUUUGAAAGAUCCCACUAACUUUCAAACAAAGGUCUUGUACCCAGAUUGAAACACUCGAGCUCGAAUGGUCUUCUGAGUUAUUAUUGGAGGGAUUUUUGAAGGGCAAUGCAAUUGCUCCAGGAUGAAUUGUCCUUUCUCUGCCUUCUGAGCACCAUCUUUAGUUUCUGUCGCUUUAAAUCUUGAAGAAGAUGAUGUUAAUUGAGGAAUUUACUUGUCUGGGUGAAAUAAAGCCUGUUCUUGUUGUGA